ACGCGCUUUCAAGCCGUUCACGAACUUUGAUCAACCUGAACAUCUCUAAAAUGCCAAAGACUUGAAUCCUGUCUGCCUUUUGCAUACAAGAACUUGCUUUGGUACGAUAGCAGAAAACUACAGGUUGAAAUUCAUUUUAGAGACGAUAGAAACAGUUUAGGCUCAGGAUUUUCUUUGGGAUCUCGAAAUAGCAACGACGGUCUGCCGCCACAAGGCGAUCGACCAUACAUACAGUAUGGUUCACUUCUAUACAUGCUUUCAUAGUGCCGAAUCCUUGCUAUCCUCAUGUUCUCCUAAUGUUCAUGCUUCGAUACCAAUGAGAGCUGAUGUCGCACGUCCGGAGCAAGUGUCCUCGCUGGCAUGCCCCUUGCCUUGUUGUUCGUGCAGCCCUACUUACACCUUAAACUUCCUCAAGCCCCAUCUAUAUCCCUAACUACUACCUCUAUAUCUUACUCUAAACCCAACAUGUCUCCCUGGAGCUCUCCGAAUAUUCAAGGAUAUUCCUCAGCCCAACUUGCGAGCUCGGUUCGCGCUCUCGAGGAGUCAUUCAAUUCCACAACCAAUCUUUUGGGCUUACAACAAAAUUCGACAGAGUGGUCGCCAGACCUUGACAGAAUUUCGCAUACGUGGACCGAAAUUCGUGCGAGUUACACUCAACUCAUGUGGCAAUCCCGCGAAAUUGUAGGUCGCGCUCACGCGAUCGCCGAUGGUGGGGCUUCCUUGCAUUAUCGUUCCGUUGUCACCCACAACUUCAGCAUAGAUUUCAGUGAUGUCUUUAUCCAAACAGUGCUUCUGGAUCGUGGGCUGAACAUGUCCCAAGUCAACGACUCGGCCACUCACUUUUACAAUUUCAUGCAACAAGAGGAACGUAAUGCGCGCCAACUCAUUGAAGCGUACCGAUCUCUCGGUGUCAAAGUAAAUGAGUGCAUCUCAGAUUAUUCUGGUACUGCAAGGUAUCUGGGUGGAUUUGAACGACUUCUGGCACGCAAGCAACAUGGUGUUCUUGCCAGCAUGCGAGCUGUCUCAACCGAGCUCUACGAUAUAGCUUCCAGUUUCACACAGUGGUAUCCGGAUGUGAGCGCAGGCGGUUGCUCAUCAGUAAUGGCCGUACUACGUUCUCAGAGUUCAAACCCUCUCGGAAACUCCAGAUCCACGUUCGCGCCCCCUCCAGACUCCUUUCCUGGAAAUGUCGGAAACUUCCCUAAUUCGACCUACGGUGGACCAACAGGCUGGAAUGGAACGUCCGGUGGAGGUCAUUGGUUACGUGGCGCCUUUGCAAGUAUGAAUUUUUAUAGAGCGAACAAUCCCGCGCCGUCGACAUCAUACUCUCCAGGUGCAACAUAUCCUCCGGCCCCAACAUCGUACAGUACCACAGCAACACAUUAUUCUGCCCCGCAAACGACUCUCAAUCCCCAGACAUCGCACUACAAUUCUCAAGCAACGCCUUACAAUUCUCAACCUUCGCCUGUGUCAACGACAGCGACUUACCCUCCCCAGACGAUGGAGUAUCCGGCCUCGCCAGGAAACUCCUCUUCGCUAGCGUCGAUAUACCCACAUUCAUCGAUGAAUUACCUAGCUCCAACGACCACGUAUACCACGGCGACGACUGCUUUUUCUUUCCGACCAGCGACAAGAAUUAACACUCCCACAUCAACGACAUAUCCAACGAAUUAUCUUACUCAGUCAGGCACAUAUAACCCUACGACCUACCCUCUGCCUCCUACAUAUGCUCCCCCGACAACAGCCAUCUCUGCAAAUUCACCACCAAUGUACCCUCCAAGUCACGGACCGUCGUCUUACUUCUCUCCUUCACCAGCCUCUUCGAUGAGGUCUCCCACCGCAGGCUUGUCGAUGCAUAAUCGCAAAGACGAGAGUCAGAGUUUUCCGACAUUAUUACUGACAGUGGUACUGUCGAUGUGGCAGUUGAUCUCUGUUGACCUUCAAAGCCUACUCAAUGCCAGGCAGAACUGGACCAGUUAUCAAUCAAACUCAUUUCACAAUGAGGCCACGACUAUCGCUAAUACGUAUAAGGAGCUAUCGUCCCUUUUUCACGAGUUCCAGAAUGCCCUUGGUCCCAGUAGAUAUCCCUAUCGUGGCGAUUAGGUCAGAGGGUUGUGAUCAGGUUUUGAAGCUUCACUUUGAAUGCUCCGUCACUGGCUCUAGAUCUUCGGUCGCAAUAUCUUCUAUGUAUCUUUACACUCAUCUGGACUUCUCGAGUCCCAAGCGUUUGAUUGUGUAGCAGGAUAACAAGUGUGACUGUAUAGUAGGUAGUGCAGCUUUGUGAUGUGUACUGGGUUCGAGUCACCUUUAAAGACGGA